CCUAGAGAAGCGAUCAUGUGUCAGAAGUGAAAGUGAAAGAACGAUCUUUUGCAUUUUGGGGCGUUAAAAGUGCUGACGCACCGACUCUUUGUGUAAAGCUGAGGCGAGUAAACGUUCAAAAGCGGUAAUCCGAAAGAGCUUUACCCAAGGCUGGUUGUAAGAGCCAUAACUUUAGAUUUCAUACAGUGUGCAGGUGAAAGAUGCUACACACAUCGACAAAGACGCCGACUGGAGGAUUCUCUUUUGAGAACACACGCAGAAAUGCUGUUCUGGAAGUAAACUUAUCAGAGAAGGGUUACAGUGCUCCAAACGCCAGGAAGACUGGCACCACCAUUGCUGGCUUGAUAUUCAAAGAUGGAGUGAUUUUAGGUGCAGACACCAGAGCCACGGAUGAUAUGGUUGUAGCUGAUAAAAACUGCAUGAAAAUCCACUACAUAGCUCCCAAAAUCUACUGCUGUGGUGCAGGUGUUGCAGCUGAUGCUGAGGUCACUACUCAGAUGAUGUCAUCAAAUGUGGAACUGCAUUCGCUGAGCACAGGACGACCUCCUCUUGUGGCCAUGGUGACCCGACAGCUCAAACAGAUGCUGUUUAGGUAUCAGGGGCACAUUGGUUCUUCUCUAAUUGUGGGAGGUGUGGAUAUUAACGGCCCACAACUCUAUAGCGUCUACCCUCAUGGUUCCUAUGAUAAGCUUCCUUUCCUUACCAUGGGGUCUGGAGCAGCUGCUGCCAUUUCUGUAUUUGAAGAUCGAUACAAGCCAAACAUGGAGCUGGAGGAAGGAAAGCAGCUGGUGAGAGAUGCUAUCACUGCAGGCAUCUUCUGUGAUCUGGGUUCCGGCAGCAAUGUAGACCUAUGUGUGAUCACAGAGAAAGCUGUGGAUUAUCUAAGAGGAUAUGACCAGCCUGUUCAGAAAGGAUUGAGGGAGGGAACGUACAGAUACAAGCCAGGCACUACUGCUGUGCUCACAAAAACAGUGAUUCCAUUAACACUGGAUGUUGUGGAUGAAUCUGUCCAAAUGAUGGACACUGAAUAAGGAUAUAUUUGCAUUUCUUUUCAUUCUUUCCUUCUUUUAUAGGACCCUGUAUUCAGUCAUUUGCAUUUUAACUGCUCAAAUCUGUUUUGCAAAAAUGUAAAAUUUUGAAAAGUGUGUUUCUGUCCUUAUUCCAUCAGAUAUACCUUAUCCCAUCAGAUAUAAAAUUAAUAAAAUUUAAGAUUAAAAAAUUGAAAGUGUAAUUUUUGUCAUGUCAGAGUGUUUUGUGUUUUUUCCUGAACCAUCAAGUUAAAAUGAAUAAUUUGUUAGAUGCAAAGGCAGUAUUAAUCAUAAAUAGAUUUAUAAAAGCUUUAUAACCAGAUAUUUCAACAUGAUGAGAAAUAUUUUCACAAACUGAUUACUACCACAUUGUUCAAAGCAAAGUGAGCAUGAGAAUUAUUCUUGAUCACAAUUGUUACUGGUGGGAAACUACAAAUCAGUCAGUUAAAAAUGUAUCAGUUGCUGAAUAAGACCCAAUCUAACCUUUUAUGGUGUAUCAUCAUUUAUAAAUGAUACAGAGAAAAUGUAUCAAUGUAUCAAAUGUACCCCCCUCCAUGAGUCAUGUGCUUGACAUUUUUGGCAACAUUGAAGUAAAGGAGACAUGAGCACAUGUUAAGUCACAUGCUGUCAAGGCUCCAUUGUGAGU